UAGAGUUCACAUUCCUAGCUACGUGCAGCUGGUAAAGAUACAUAGACUGGUUCAAUGCCUAGAUAAGGCAUGUUGGAGUAGGAACACCUUUGCCUCUUACGUUUGAGCUUGAUGGAAAUUCUAACAGUGCGACACUGUGGCACAAGUAUGUUUUACUUCUGACAAAAAGAAUCUUCAUAUUCAUGUUAUGUUGACAAAUGAAUUACAUUGUUGGGCGAUUGGAGUGGGCAAUGUUUUAAUGAUUGCCAAUAAUCAGGAACGCCUGUUUGAAUUCCGGAUUUGAGGGACUUUGGCUGAGCCUAGUUUACUUGUAAUCGGUGUUAAAGAUAGUCGCCUUGAACCAGUGCUGUGCGUGGACUUUGGCCAGGGUUAAUAUAAGUCUGAGAGGGUUUGGUUUUGAACUCCCACACGGACGGUUCAGAUUGUACAGCCAUUUAUUUCAAUAUCAUCACUUCCAAUAAACGUAAUCUUUGAGAUAGUGUGUUCGUCGUGUGUGAUAAACAAAUGCACAGCCUUCAUACCACUCAUCUCUUGGUUUUGAUUUUUAGACUAUGCCAGGAACGUCAUUACUGAGACCAUUUUUCCUUGGUUUGGUGUCACCCACUGCUAUGAUUAUUCUACCAGUAUUUUUUGUUUGUUUUAUUUUGCUUCGUUUUUUUUACUGGUACCCUCACAGCAAUAUGUCAGAAACUGUAAACCAGUUUGAUGAAGACCAGUCAACUAGACGUGCUCUUUGAACAUUGACCAGUAGGAUAAUUCCCGUAUACAUGUAAAUGUCAUUAACAUGUAUUUGCGUGCAAUUUCCAGGUCACGCACAUUCCUCAACUGUAGAGUUUGUAUUGGUUUUUAAAAGUUCUUCUUGCGGAAUUGGGCUAUUUGAGCUGGCAAAGAUCCAAGAUUACUUGAAGGAGUCACGAGUCAAAUUGGGCAGACAGCCAUUCUUUCAAAACAGACAACGGAGAUGGACGUGGCGCUUACAUCAAGUACACCCUCAGAUUAUGGGACAAAUCCACAUGAUGAUGGUGACCCACCACCCACCUAUGAUGAGGAGGCAAUGAAAGGUGUACCGCCAUCUUACGAAGCAAUAUACAGAAAGAUCAGAGAAGCGCAGGCCAACUCAUCAACACCUGUCCAUUUUGUGGUCACGACAAUUAGAAUCUUGCUAAACACAGUCUUCGCCACAGUUUGCUUGACUCUGUCUACAGCCCUACCGAUAGCAAUGAUUGUACUGGGUUCUAUCUACAUGAAUGACUGUCCUGCAGAGCGAAUGAUUCCGAUCUAUCUGACGGUGUUUGGUGCCGUCUACAAUCUCAAAGCAAUCAUUGAUCUCUGUAGCAGAGGUAUCAAGGAGAAAUAUAAAAACAGAGAGCGUUCUGGGUCUGAUUCCCUCGAGGAAAACAAACUUUUUAUCGGCGUGAAUUGGGUCAGCAGACUCCUUGGUUUGUUUCUCUUGGGAUUUUUCAUCGCAGGCAAUGUGUGGAUCUACCGCAUUUACGCACCGAGUGACGAUCCUACCAGUCCCAACUACUGCUUCGGCCCGCUCUAUUAUUUUGCCUUCUGGGUGACAACUUUAGCCUACAUCUUGAUAGGACUGUGUUGCUGUGGGGUAACCACAUGCUUGCUGAUAGGCUGUGCAACUUGCUACAAGAUCCUGAAGAAGGUCAGGAAAUGUAUUGAGAGGAUCCGAGCUGCACGUGGAGAAUCCGAAAACUCCGAAUCCAUUGAGGAGGAGCAGUGAAAUGGCGAAAUUAACCGAUGAACAAUUUACGUCCAUGUUUUCUGGCGUCGCUGGUAUUGCGAGCCAUGUGCUGUUGUUAAAGUGUAAAAGUGUAAAACGCACAGGAAACAAGCAAAUUUCGAGGUGUAAAACAAGUGUUGACAUGGAUUGAUAUUGGUGAUAAUAAUGGCGACUCCAUUAACAAAAUCUUGAGUCAGUUGUUUUGAACAUUUCCUCACACUUUGUGGUGAAUCCUUGUAUAUUUGGUAGCUAUUCUCAACAAGAUAUGUCUUUAAGCGAGUAUACGGGGAAUAAUAUUUGGGAAUCAGGACUCACCAGAUGACGUAUAAGCUUGAAGAGUUGGAUUUAGCAAACCAUUACCUUCGCGUGUCGAAUAACUUAAAAGAUACAAAUGGAAAUCAGCAUGAUCAGUAGCUUAUCCAGUCUUAAAAAAGAGCUGGACUUAAAAAAUCAACCGCGUGAAAAUAAGAUAAGUAGAAAAGAAGCACACUUUGAGGCAAUAACAAUAUGUUGAAGAGUUUAAUACCUUAA